UUCUACCCUUGCGCUACUACAAAAUUACUAGCUCUGGCAUCAUCAAUUUAAGGGCUGAAGGGUGCGUCUUGGUGAUUCAGUUCCUCAUUAUGAUAAACCCCUUCAAGAAUCGUGCAAAAACCCUUGUUCCAUCUUAUUUUCUCUCAAAAUCCCUCAAUUUCUCAUCAAGCAAUCAACCCGAUAACCCGACUUCCAAAAACACUCUUGUUUGCACAGGUUUCUCUGCCAUCAACCCCAAAAGCACGCAUCUCUAUGCUUCUUUCUUUUGCACUCUCAUACACCUGUACUUAACAUGUGGCAGGUUCUCUAAGGCAACAGAAGCUGUCUUUGGCAUGAGAAAUUUCGAUGUCACUCUCGUUUUGCCCCAAUGGAACAAACUCAUUUACCACUUUAAUACCUCUGGCUUGGUUUCUCAGGUAUGGGCUCUUUAUACCCACAUGAUGUCAUGCGGAGUUUUGCCUAAUGUUUUCACUGUCAAUGUGUUGGUUCACUCUUUUUGUAAAGUGGGUAAGUUGAAUUUGGCAUUGGAUUUUCUUAGAAAUGUUGAUUUUGAUAUCGAUAAUGUAACAUAUAAUACUGUCAUUUGGGGGUUUUGUGAGCAAGGGCUUGCUUAUCAGGCAUUUGGUUUUUUAUCAUUAAUGGUGAAGAAUAAUAUAUGUAUUGAUUCUUACACUUGUAACAUACUGAUUAAGGGGUUUUGUAGAAUUGGAAUGGUUGAAUAUGGUGAGUUUGUUAUGGAUAUCUUAGUGAAUGGUGGGGUUUGUAAAGAUAUUGUAGGCUUUAACACAUUGAUUGAUGGAUAUUGCAAAAUUGGGGAAAUGAAUAAUGCCCUCAAAUUGAUGCAAACGAUGAGAAGUGAGGGAAUUCUGCCUGACAUUGUUAGUUACAACAGUUUAAUCAAUGGGUUUUGUGAAACAGGUGAUUUUGUUAAGGCUAAAAGUUUGAUCGAUGAGAUUUUAGGGUCUAGGAGGAAAAAAGAUGUUGAUGAUGGGAGUGUGAGUUUGGAGAUGAAUCUCAUUACAUCUACUACUCUUAUCAGUGCAUACUGUAAGCGGCAAGCACUGGAAGAAGCCCUUACUUUAUAUGAAGAAAUGGUUACAAAUGGGUUUUUACCAGAUGUAGUCACUUAUAGUUCGAUUAUAAAUGGUCUUUGCAAGUGUGGAAGGUUAGCUGAGGCAAAAAUGCUGCUGAAGGAAAUGAAAAAGAUGGGUGUAGAUCCAAAUCAUGUUUCUUAUUCUACUCUGGUUGAUUCUUUAUUUAAAGCAGGGAGUGCCAUGGAAGCUUUUUCUCUUCAAAGCCAAAUGGUAGUUGGUGGCAUUGCCUUUGAUGUAGUUGUGUACACCAGCUUGAUGGAUGGGCUUUUCAAGGCUGCAAAGGCCAGUGAGGCAGAGGAAAUUUUCGAGAUGAUUUCAAAGCAAAAUUUAGUUCCUAACUAUGUCUUCUAUUCAGCAUUGAUUGAUGGCCACUGCAAGUUAGGAGACAUGACAGCUGCAGAAUCCAUUCUAACAGAAAUGGAGGAGAAGCAUGUAUUUCCAAAUGUUAUUACUUAUUCCUCUAUAAUAAAUGGUUAUACAAAAAAAGGAAUGCUCGAUGAAGCAGUAGAUGUUAUGAAGAAAAUGCUGAGUCAAAAUAUCAUGCCAAAUGUUUUUAUUUAUGCAACCCUUAUUGAUGGCUAUUUUAAGGCUGGUAAACAAGAAAUUGCUCUUGAUCUUUAUAACAAAAUGAAGUCAGAGGGAUUGGAGGAAAACAAUUUUAUAAUUGAUAUUUUUGUGAACAAUUUGAAAAGAAGCGGGAAGAUGGAGGACGCUAACAGAUUAGUUCUUGAUAUGAAGUCUAAGGGCUUGUUGCCAGAUCUUGUUAACUACACAUCUUUGACAGAUGGCUUUUUCAAAGCAGGAAUGGAGUCAGCUGCUCUAAACAAGGCUCAAGAAAUGACAAAAAAGAACAUUCCAUUUGAUGUCAUUUCAUACAAUGUCUUAAUUAAUGGUCUCUUGAGGCUUGGCAAAUAUGAACUACAAUCUGUUUAUUCUGGAAUGAGAGAGCUGGGUUUAGCUCCUGACUGUACUACAUACAACACCUUGAUUAAUGCUUGCUGCAAACAGGGGAACUUGGAAAAUGCUUUUAAACUUUGGAAUGACAUGAAGCAUAAUGGAAUAAUGCCAAAUUCAGUCACUUGUAACAUUCUGGUUGCAGGGCUUUGUGAAACUGGUCAGAUUGCAAAAGCUUUGGAUAUUCUGAAUGAAAUGUUAUUUGUGGGUUUUCAACCCAACUUAAGUACUUGUAAGAUUCUCCUUGAUGCAUCGUCCAAGGGUAAGAAGGCUGACUUGAUAUUCCAAAUGCAUGAGCAACUUGUACGAAUGGGAGUCGAACUUAAUAAAAAAUAUUACAACACUCUUAUGACAAUUUUAUGCAGGCUAGGUAUGACUAGAAAAGCCAAAUCAGUGUUAGAAGAUAUGAGAAGAAGAGGAAUAAUGGCAGAUACUAUCACUUACAAUGCCCUUAUACGUGGACAUUGUGUUGGCAGCCAUCUAGGUGUGGCUUCUGCUAUGUAUUCUCAGAUGAUAAAUGAAGGAGUUUCCCCGAAUACUGUUACUUAUAAUCUCCUUCUAGGUGCUCUUUUGGCUGCUGGUUCAGUGAAAGAGGUGGAAGAUUUGCUUGGUGAAAUGAAGAAAAGAGGCUUGAACCCUAAUGCUUCUACUUAUGAUAUUUUGAUAUCUGGCCAUGCAAGGAUUGGAAAUAAGAAGGAAUCCAUACACUUGUAUUGUGAAAUGAUUACCAAAGGCUUUGUACCGAAAACAAGUACUUAUAAUCUGCUAAUCAGUGAUUUUGCCAAGGUAGGAAAGAUGCACCAGGCUAGGGAGCUUAUGAAUGAGAUGCAAGUGAGAGGAAGGCCCCCUAAUUCUUCUACUUAUGACAUAAUGAUUUGUGGAUGGUGUGCACUAUCUAAUCAAAUUGAACUGGAUAGAACGCUAAUAAUGUCAUACCGGGCUGAGGCAAAAAGACUAGUCAUGCAGAUGAGUGAGAAUGGAUUCGCACCCUGUGAAAGUACUCUUUCUUGUUUCAGUUCUACCUUUGCUAGACCAGGAAAGAGGGUUGAUGCCCACAGACUUUUGCAAGACAUGUACAAGAGCAAGAAAAUAUAAUGGAUGUGUAAAAAAAGAAGUAUGGGAACCCUUGUUACAGAUACCCAGCCACUUGAGCACUUCUGAAAUUGUAUUUUGAAGUGUGCAUUUCAAUAUCUCAUUGGGAUUCCUAGCUCUUGAACGCUUAGUAUAUGAUAUGCACUCUUAUAGUGUUUAUUCAUGAUGAUUAUUUAUAUUAUUUUCUGUUUGCUUUUAGCAACUAUAGGAUAGGGAAAAAAUCCCUGAAUUUCUUGUUUUAUUUUCUCCUAGUUUUGGCUGAUUUAAUUUAAUUGCUUUUCUAGUUUGUUGUUGUAAAACAUGUAUAAAUUCACCUUUUACUAUUGAAUAAAAUUAAGCAAGAAUUCAU